CGCAAAAUCGAACAUGGGAUCAGUUACUCGAACGGAUAAAGAUAGCACUGCGUCAGCCUAGCUCCGUAUUCUAAAUCCACCGUCACCCAUGCCAAGUAAAGCAACAAAAUGUACCAAAGAGUACAUACCUCGGUGAGGUUACGGUUGUCGGUCGGUCAGCUCCAUUACGCGCGUGACGUUAGACUGUAAGAAGCCGAGGUGACGCUCACAGGCCUAGGUAUCGGUGGGCGAUCACAACGGGGAGCUCUGAUAUUGACGUGAUGGAGGAUGGAGCUUCACAAGCUUUUUCACAAGCUCGGGAAGUGAUUUCGGUAUGCCUGUUUGAGGACAAAGCAUAAAAGAUUAGAUUGUCGCAAUCCAAGGAAGAGAUAACCGUAGUUAUUGAAAUUCGGCAGCGAGCAUAAUUUAAAGGCCCGAUCACAACUUUCUACAACUGACGAUUUCAUUGUCAACUGUUUCACGAUCUCUGUGCAAGUUCGACAUCUGUACUGUCGCAAAUUCAAUCCAAUCGCAGAUUCGUACUGCGUCUCAAUUUGAACCGCACAAGCUUUCGAGUCCGACCGUCACAAAACACUAUUCCUCGACUGUUAUCACCGUCUGCUGAGGCAUCGAAUACAAAGCCUAUUUAUAUACGAAACAGCUUCAAACAGACCAGCUACACGUUGGGAUCAUCUGAGAAAAGGACGACGGAACUCCAGGAACCACAAAGGUACAACAGCUUCAAGGGUACCUUUUUUGUUUUCCCCAAAGACGCACACUCCUACAGGGGCCUCUCACCUCAGUUCACCUGGGCUCAGGCUCUGUCGCAUUCACCCGCAAGUCCAGUUCACCGACCUCAACUUUAAGAGACACACCCCCCUGGUUCCACCCAGACCACCGGACACGGCGCCGCAGGACCCCAAAGGCCCCCCUCUUCCUCACUUCCUUACCCCCCUAAAUCGAAAAUCCUCAGGGCCGCAGCCCACUAUGACACCGUCACUGAGUACACCCCGUCAGACUCAGUCUGGCAGCAACACCUCAAGCUCAAGCUCGACUGAUAAUAAAACGGCACCGACCUCUUCUUCGUCUUCCUCCAUCUCUCGUCUCAACUCCAUCGUUCGUCACAUCUCGCCCAAAAUGGUUUCUACUACAAAUUUUCCUGCCGAAGUCGUGCCCCAGGCUCCUGAAGACCCUCUCUUUGGUCUUGCACGAGCUUACAAGGCCGACAACAGCCCCAACAAGAUCGAUCUUGGUAUCGGUGCUUACAGAGACGAGAAGGCAAAGCCCUGGGUGUUGCCAGUCGUUAAGAAGGCUGAUGAGAUCCUCCGAAACGACCCUGAGCUCAACCACGAGUAUGCCCCGAUCGCGGGUAUUGCCAGCUUCACAUCCAAGGCCGCCGAGCUGGUCUUUGGCGCUGACUCUGCCGCCAUCUCAGAGAAGCGCUCGACGACAUUGCAGACAAUCUCUGGUACCGGUGCCGUGCACUUGGGCGCUCUCUUCCUAGCCAGGUUCUACAAGGGCAACCACACUGUCUACCUGUCAAAUCCCACCUGGGCGAAUCACCACCAGAUCUUCAAGAACGUCGGACACUCAAUUAAUACCUACCCUUACUUCCACAAGGAGACCAAGGGUCUUGAUUUCGAGGGCUUCAAGCAGACUCUCAAGUCUGCUCCUGAGGGAUCUGUCUUCGUUCUUCACGCUUGCGCACACAACCCCACUGGCGUUGACCCUACUCAAGAGCAAUGGACUGAGAUUGCUGCUCUCAUGAAGGAGCGAAACCACUUCCCCUUCUUCGAUACUGCUUACCAAGGUUUUGCCUCUGGUGAUCUCGUCCGCGAUGCCUGGGCUAUCCGAUACUUUGUCGAGCAGGGCUUCGAGCUUGUUGUUGCCCAGAGUUUCGCCAAGAACUUUGGUCUCUACGGCGAGCGUGCCGGCUGCUUCCACGCCGUUACCGCCCCCGCCGGUGAUGCCUCAAACACUAUCACCCGUAUCGGCUCCCAAUUAGCUAUUCUCCAGCGCUCCGAGAUUUCCAACCCUCCCCUGUACGGUGCUCGCAUCGUAAGCACUGUUCUUAACGAUCGUGACCUCUUCGCCGAGUGGGAAGAGAACCUGCGCACAAUGUCAGGCCGCAUCAUCAGCAUGCGCGAUACUCUACGAGCCAAGCUUGAGGAGCUCCAGACCCCUGGUACCUGGAACCACAUCACAGAUCAGAUCGGCAUGUUCAGUUUCACUGGUCUUAGCGAGUCACAAGUGAUGAAGCUCCGAGAAGAAUUCCACAUCUACAUGACCAAGAAUGGUCGUAUCAGCAUGGCUGGCCUCAACGACAACAAUGUCGACUACUUUGCCAAGGCUGUUGACAAGGUAGUAAGAGAGUCUGCUUAGAUCUGUAUAGAUUGUGGUAGAAGUUGAGUGUUUGAGACGGUGUAUGAAACUCAUGGGACGUGGUCGAAUACAAGACCCUGGAAGAAACUCGGCGUUGGGAUUACAGCUUUACCAUUAUUAUCGCACCUAUCAUGAAGGGGACUCUGCGAAAAGCACUGGACUAUCCUUGUUUAUGCAUGCUGUUGAUAGCUUUUAAUAUACCUUGACUGCAAGCCAAUGCAUCUGCAUACUCAAC